CGUCGCACACGAUGCACAUCGUCAACGUCGGCUACAACUCGCUCCUCCUCGGCGAGCUCGGCGUCCCCGACUGGGACAUGUUCACCUCGCUCAACGAGGCCGCGUCGCUGCACGCCGCCGCGCGCGCCAUCAGCGGCGGGCCCGUCUACGUCUCGGACGCGCCGGGGCAGCACGACGUCGCUCUGCUGCGCAAGCUCGUCCUGCCCGACGGCGCCACGCUCCGCGCCGCCGCCGCCGGCCGCCCGACGCGCGAUUGCCUCUUCGCGGACGUCACCUCCGACGGCGUCUCAGCCCUGAAGCUCUGGAACUACAAUGGCAACCACAAUGGCGAGUGCAACGGCGAGUGCAAUGGCGCCGGCACCGCGCGCCUCCCGCCGAAUGCGGUGGUCGGCGCCUUCAACGUGCAGGGCGCGCGGUGGGAUUUCGAGACGCACGGGCCGGUCGCCGCAGCGCAGCCGCCGCAGCCCGUUUCGGCGCUGGUUCGGCCGCACGAUGCGGAUUGCUUGCGGCCGCACGGCGGCCGUUUCGCCGUCUGGUCGCACCUCGGCUCGCGUCUCGAGGUGCUGCCGUCGGGGUCGGCGGCGGCGCAAGUGACGCUGCAGCACCGAGAGUGGGAGGUCCUGACGAUCGCGCCCGUCCUGGCGCAAGGCCGCGUCGAGUGGGCGCCCCUCGGGCUAGUUGAGAUGAUCAACGCGGGCGGCGCCGUCGUCGCAACCACGCUGACGCGCGCACCCGCUGACGACCACGACGCGGAGGCGCGGCUGACGUCGCGCGCCGCCGGGCGCUUCCUCGCAUACUGCACGCCGCGCCCGGCCUCCGUCUGGCGCGAGGGGGGCGAGCUCGGGCUGCCCUUUAGCUACGACGACGCCACUGGCCUUCUCGCGAUGCAGAUCGACGAGGCGACGGCGAGCAAGCCGGCGGAGCUCCUCGUGCAUUGGUGUGAGGGUCGUGCAAUUUGGUAAAUAA